AUGGGAACGUUUCAGAGCUUCAGAAAGGCCUAUGGAGCUCUCAAGGAUUCCACCAUGGUUGGCCUAGCCAAGGUCAAUAGCGAAUACAAGGAAUUGGAUAUUGCAAUUGUAAAGGCUACCAGUCACGUAGAAUAUCCUCCAAAGGAACGUCAUGUUCGAAAAAUAUUCUAUGCCACAUCAGCACACCAACCGAGGGCAGAUGUGGCUUACUGCAUACGCAAACUUUCCAAAAGACUUUCCAAGACGAGAAGUUGGAUAGUUGCCAUAAAGACAUUGAUAGUCAUUCAUAGGAUAUUGAGAGAGGGUGAUCCUACCUUCAAAGAAGACCUUGUAAACUACUCACGCAGGGGACAUUUUCUCCAAAUAUCCAAUUUCAAAGAUGACUCUAGCCCUCUAGCUUGGGAUUGUUCUGCAUGGGUUCGAACCUAUGCAUUAUUUUUAGAAGAAAGACUUGAAAGUUUUAGAAUCCUUAGAUAUGACAUUGAGUCUGAGCGUUUAACAAAAUCAUCACCGGCUUUAACUAAGGCACAUAGCAGGACACGAAUGUUGGCUAGUGGUGAGCUUUUGGAGCAGUUGCCUGCACUGCAGCAACUUCUAUACCGCCUUAUUGGUUGUCAGCCUGAAGGAUCAGCUUUUAGCAAUUAUCUAAUACAGUAUGCAUUGGCCCUGGUAUUGAAAGAGAGCUUCAAAAUAUAUUGUGCCCUCAAUGAUGGAAUCAUAAAUCUUGUGGAAAUGUUCUUUGAUAUGCCAAGAUAUGAUGCAGUGCAGGCUUUACAUAUUUAUAAAAGAGCUGGCCAACAGGCUGAAGAUCUUGCUGACUUCUAUGAGUACUGCAAAGGCUUGGACCUUGCUAGGAAUUUUCAAUUUCCAACCUUGAGACAGCCACCUCCGUCUUUUCUUGCCACAAUGGAAGAAUACAUUAAAGAAGCACCCGAGGCAGGCUCUGUUCAUAAGAGACUACUGUAUCAGGAAGACGAUCAAUCACCUAAAAAAGAAGAAACCGAACCUGAAGAGCCUCAAGCAAUUGAGAAACAAGGUGAAGAAGUCAAAGAGGAAGAACCCGGAGAUAAGGAAGAAACACAGCCUAAGGAAGAGGAGGCUGAACCUCCUCCACUGAUAUCAACUGAUGAUUUGCUGGGUCUAAAUGAGAUAAAUCCAAAAGCUCUAGAACUGGAGGAAAGCAAUGCUUUGGCGCUUGCAAUUGUACCCCCUGGUGGAAAUAAUUCAAGCAAUCUUGCUUUGACUGACAUAAGUGGAACUUCUGGUUGGGAACUUGCACUGGUUACAACACCAAGCAACCAUACGAGCCAAGCACCUGAUCGUAAAAUGGCUGGUGGGUUUGACAAGCUAUUACUAGACAGUUUGUAUGAAGAUGAAAAUGCAAGGAGACAACUUCAACUCCAAAAUGCAGGUUAUGGAUAUGGUGGCAUGGCUAUACAUAAUCAAUUCGAUCAUUAUAAUCAGUAUGAUCCAUUUGCAAUGUCCAACAACAUAGCACCUCCAUCCAAUGUGCAAAUGGCAUUAAUGAAUCAGCAACAGCAACAGCAACAAAUGGUGUUCCAACAGCAACAGCAGCAAAUGAUGUUCCAACAACAGCAGCAACACAACAUGAUGAUGGUCCCUUACCAGCAUUCAAAUUCUCAAUACCCUCAACAGAUGCAAGUUAUGGGUUCUUCUAAUCCAUUUGUAGAUCCCUUACCCAUACCUAGCUAUCCUUAUAGUUCCAUGCACCAUCAACAUCAAGGGAACCACAAUUUAAUCUAG